CUAACAUUGCCAGUCAGUGCCGCCUAUCAGUGCCACCUAUCAGUGCCAUCAGUGCCUCCUCAUCAGUGCCCAUCAGUGCCACCUAUCAGUGUCCAUCAGUGCAGCCAAUCAGUGCCCAUCAGCGCAGCCUCAUUAGCGCACAUCAGUGAAGGAGAAAAAUCAUUUACAAAAUUUUAUAACAAAAACUAAGAAAAAACGUUUUUUUAAAAAAACAAU